UAGCGCCGCCAGUCUGGAGCAGGUGUUCAACAUGGCGAGCUUGGCGAGCGGAUCUCUCUCUCUCACACUCUUCACCUGUCUCGUUUUAACAGCUUUUCUGCGUGAAGGAGCUACCCAGAUAAUAACAGCACAGGGUCAGAACCUGGUGACGGCGAACGUGUCGGUGAUCGAGGGUGAAACGGCCACCAUCAGCUGCCGGGUGAAAAACAACGACGACUCAGUCAUCCAGCUCCUUAACCCCAACAGACAGACCAUUUACUUCAGAGAUGUCAGACCUCUUAAGGACAGUCGUUUUCAGCUGGUUAACUUCUCUGACAACGAGCUGCGUGUGUCACUGUCCAACGUGACGCUCUUGGAUGAGGGAAGGUACGUGUGCCAGCUUUACACGGACCCCCCGCAGGAGGCCUACGCCGACAUCACCGUCCUGGUUCCACCAGGCAACCUAAUCAUCGAGUCACGUGAGGAUGUGGUGAGCGAAGGGAACGAGACUGAGAUAACCUGCACGGCCAUGGGCAGCAAGCCCGCCUCCAGCAUUGUGUGGAUGAAAGGAGAUCAGAUCCUACAAGGUGAGGAAACAGCCGAGGAGACGUAUGACAGGAUGUUCACCGUCACUAGCAGGCUCAGACUCACCGUCUCCAAGGAGGACGAUGGAGUGGCCGUCAUCUGCAUCAUUGACCAUCCAGCUGUGAAGGACUUCCAAACCCAGAAAUACCUGGAAGUGCAGUAUAAACCUGAGGUAAAGAUUGUCGUGGAGUUUCCAGAGGGCCUGACAAGAGAAGGGGAAAACCUCGAGCUGAGCUGCAUGGCAAAAGGCAAACCUCAGCCUCAUCAAAUUAACUGGUUCAAAGUAGAUGAUGAUGUUCCCUCCCACGCCGUGAUUACAGGCUCUGAUCUCCUCAUCGAAAACCUCAACAAGUCCUACAACGGGACUUACCGAUGUGUGGCGUCCAACUUAGUUGGAGAAGCGUACGAUGAUUACAUCCUCUAUGUCUACGAUGUUCUCACCACAACCCCCUCACCCACUACUACAAUCAUCCACCCUGAUGCUGCCCAAGAUUCGAGAGCAGAUGCAGCUGCACAGAAAAUCGACCACGCUGUCAUCGGCGGAGUCGUCGCUGUGGUUGUCUUCGCCAUGCUCUGUCUGCUCAUCGUUUUGGGACGCUACUUUGCCAGACAUAAAGGUACCUACUUUACCCAUGAAGCCAAAGGAGCAGACGAUGCAGCAGACGCCGACACAGCCAUCAUCAAUGCCGAGGGAGGGCAAACCAACACGGAUGACAAAAAGGAAUAUUAUAUCUAA